AUGAGGAAAAGUCAAAUUAAACACAUCCCAUCGAUCGUGGCUCUCCGAUCAAAACUCGGUGUUGGGACACCCGGCAAUAAAGAAAGCAGGGAAUUUCGAAGAGUAGUCAAGGAGUUCCAUCAAGACUACAAGACUUCUGAUGGCACUCCAGGGACUGAAUAUGUAGACUGGCGGAAUUCCUCUCAUCGGGACGCUCUCGAGCAAAUGACCGAUGAGUUCUUGGAAACUCGCGGUUGGGGACAACUAUUUUGGCCAGAUACUGCCGGCCGAGGAGCUGUCAAAAAACUAAAAUGGUCAAAAGAUCGUACUGACAUUAAGAAACUCGUGUGCCGAUUAUUUUUUCGCCACAACCAACAAAUCCGAUGGAAGGGACCCAGCUCUGGCCCGACGAAAAGAAUGAUGUCUCGAAUAGCUAAACAAGGAUCGACUAGAACAACCAGGAUAACCACGUCUCAGGUUCAAGAUAUUACCAUGAGAGAUGGGAUAGAAUCUCGACGCCAAGAUGACCAGGAUACCCGUGUGUCCGCCGAUGUCCUUACCGCCUCAAGUCCGUAUAACGUUCCCUCAAGCCCCAUCCUUCCCAGCGAACAGGUUUCGACAACGAGCAACCAUGUCGGCGCAACCUCUGAUGCGCAUCAACAAAAUUCCAACCAUGCAUUAGGCCUCGCAGAAGAAAGUCUAAGUUCAAUUUCUGGACAAUUAGCCCCUGUCGCUCGGAUGAGUGAGCAUACUUUUGAACACGGUUUCCCUUUUGGUACAUCGGACCAUGGAGAGGAGGAUGACCCACCUCGCUCAGACUCUCCAGCCUUCAGCGAUCGGGGAGAAAGAGAAUCCCGCCGAAGCCCAUCCCUCGGAAUCCCUCGACCUCGCAAGACCUUCUCGUCAUGCAAAACUCAACCAUUUCGGCAGAACUCAAGACCAAGGUCGAUUUCUACAGAGACGGUCCGGAUGUCGACUGAAGAUAGGAUCAUCUCAGGAGAUGGUGAGGAACCCAUCAUGGCCAUGCCACCGCCACCUCCACCACGACCAUCACUUCAAGCUAGAAAUACCCAGCAACGAGUGAAUAUAAAGUACGAGGUAGAAAGAUCCCCUGGUAACUUACGCAGAUGGGAUCAUCGCGGGUCUUUCACUCAUAUGUCAAUGGAAGAUUUCCAAGAUAUCCACGAGUUUCACGAUAUUGACUCGGUUCAGUUCAUACUGAAACGCCGUGGCAUGAGCUGGGAUGAUGUAGUGUCCAGAGGAAACGAAGAUGGCUUCAAGGACAUGAAAACUAGACUCAAGGAACGAAUCAAAGAAGACCUUGCAGACAUUAGUUUUAGUCAGGAUGUUGUUCUUUAUAGCAUCGUCAUCAUCCCUAUUCGGAGGACUUCUGAAACUCACGACGACUUCAUUCGGUCGCAGACUAUUGCAUUAUGA